CGAAACUCGGACGGGGCUCCGCCUCCGGAUUGGGGGAUUCGCAGCCGGCGCGCCACUCGUUUGCAUCGCUGCGGGUCUGCGGCAGACAAGUUGCCGUUGUUUUAAAUAACUUUCUGGAAAAUACACACACAAAAAAAAUGAAGAAAUUGCGGGGAAGGCAGAUCGACCUUUCUGGAAAGGAAGAAUUUAAAGACUUCAGAAAUGUAGCAUUGGUUCCCAUGGAAACAUCAUCAUCAGAUGAUAGCUGUGAUAGUUUUGCUUCAGACAAUUUUACGAACAGUAAAGCUAAAUUCAGAACAGAGAUCCUGACAGAUGAACUGGCUCGGAUUUUUAAUGAGGAUUCUGACGAUAAUGAAUCAUUCGAUGGUUUUUCUGAAAGCGACCUCAAAGAUGUAAUGGAAGCCAUGAGUGUUAAAUCUGAAUCUGAGGAGGAAAUGAGCGAUGAAGAUACUGAAAAGAAUCCCAGAACACGGAGCAAACAUUCUUUUCCAUUACGUGUGGCUUUCAGAUUUCCAUCUCAGAAAAACAAAAACAUAUCUGUGCCAGAUUCUAAUGUUGCCUUAAGUAAAGAUUCAGAAUCUGAAUCUGACUCUGACCUCGAUGAACACAGAGGAUCAAGCUUUCUAGAAAAGAGAGCUCUAAACAUUAAAGAAAACAAAGCUAUGCUGGCUAAACUGAUAGCAGAGUUGAAAACUGUGCCAGGGUUCAUUCCACGGAGAGUUACUCUUCGAGGGACACCAUCGAAACCAAAACGCCCACCAAGGAAUUCUUUCAUAGAAAAUGUUUCUAGACAGAAUCCUGAGCGCAGUGCUCGACCUCGCACUCGGUCAAGAUCCUUGGUUGACGGUCCUCCUUCUCCAUCAUUUGAGCAAGAAGAUAAUGUCAGCUUUAUGAGAAAAAGAAAGUUUCUAGAUAAUGACUUCUCUGAGGUAGAUGUGCCUCAGCGUAGGAGAAGCCGACCCAGCAUACUUGCUAUCCCACAUGUGGUGCGACCAGUUGAAGACAUCACUCAGGAAGAGCUGGAAAAUAUUUCUUUUUCAGCUAAAGAGAAAGUUUAUAAUAGAGCUACAGGUACAACUUGCCAUCAAUGUCGUCAGAAAACAAUUGAUACAAAAACAAAUUGUCGCAACCCGGAAUGUGUAGGUGUCCGUGGACAAUUCUGUGGCCCAUGUCUUCGAAAUCGAUAUGGUGAACUUGUUAGGAAUGCUUUAUUAGAUCCAAACUGGCAAUGUCCUCCUUGCAGGGGAAUCUGCAAUUGCAGUUUCUGCCGACAGCGUGAAGGUCGCUGCGCUACAGGUGUUCUUGUUUACCUGGCCAAGUAUCAUGGAUAUGACAAUGUACAUGCUUAUUUGAAAAGCCUGAAAAAAGAACUUCAAGUGGAAGACUGAAGAGAUGUAUUGACGCAGUACAACAUGUUGAAUGGUUUAUGUUUAACUUUCACAAUAUACAUAAUUUAGCAAAAAUUAAAAUGGUAUGAGCUAUGAUUACACAAAAAGCUACAUUAAUAGUUAAAUACUUGCAUUGUUUUCUUUGCUAUCAUAAUCAUGGAUCUGGAAUGAGAGAGGGUGUUAACGAUUUUGCAUAUGCUGUUAAAAGGUUUGUUGUCAUUUUAGUCUAAAAUACCAUUGGAGUUUCAUACCAUUAACAUCAAAAUUAUUUGCACAAUGACAUGCUGCUUGUUGCAGCAAGUAAAUCCUUCAUUCCACUCAUUAAUCUACAGCUUUAGUUUAAGAGUCUGUUUUAAACAUCCAGUUGCUCAAUUUGUAAGUUUCAAAUCAUUUGUAUUUCAGUCUGAGACUAAUUGCUUCAUACGCUUAAAUUGCAACUGGCUGAAACUUAACUGGGAUGACUUUCACUUUUGAAAAAAUCAUUUUUGAAGUAAAGCCGCAAGUAGUUCAUUUAAAAUCUUAUCAAUUAUCAGUCUAGCAAUUGACCUUAACAGUGUUCACGUGCUUAGCUUUGCAGUGGUGCAGCUUUAUUAAAUCACAUGGGGGGGGGGGGGGAGUAGAGAAAAGAAUCACCACUUCACUGCACAGGAUAGAAGUGGCAAGUGAAAAACAAUUUUUUGCAAUUCUGCCUUCUGCCUCCCCCAUUAUGUUUGCAUUGUGUGUGAAGGAUUUACAUCACAAAAUGCACUCUAGUUGAAGCCAUACAAAAUUUGAGAUAAUUUGCAUCUAAAAGGUACUUGAAUGCCUGGGAAGGAGGGAGAAGUACUGGUCUUUUGCAUUUUAAUGCUAUGUUUUCCCACUUGCACCAUGGUAGAAUUGGUAUUAUGUGGUCGUCUAAUGUUGGCUUCUGCACUCUAAAAGAUGAAUUUAAGCAGAAGCCAUACAUCAGAUCAGUAAGCACAUGUUGUUACCAGCUUGGUGCUUUUUUUUUUGCUUGUGAUACAAGUACAGUGAAAUGGUCAAGAUAUAUUUUAAUAAAAAAUGUUUUAUGAAAUCUC